AUGGAGGUGAACACUCGUAAAUGCUAUGCCUGUGACCAACCAGGACACUUCGCCAACAAAUGCCCUAAUAAGAAAAGCACUCCAGGAUCGCGACCUUCACCAUCUUCUUCUGAUCGACCGAGAGCACCAGGCCGGGUUUUCGCCAUGAUCAGCACUGAGGCCACCUGGUCAUGUAACUUGAUUUUAGACCACUGCUUUCUUUUUGGUAACAAUGUGUUGGUAUUGUUUGACUCAGGAGCUUCGCACCCCUUCAUAUCUCAUGAUUGUAUGGAGAGAUUGGGAUUGUCUCCUCGUGAUCUGGGAUGCAAGUUGAUGGUCUCUACACCAGCAUCUGGACAGGUUUCAACCAAUCUAGCCUGUGUUGGAUGCUUGAUGGAGGUAGAGGGCAGACACUUCAAGGUGAACCUCGUUUGCCUGCCCUUGGAGGGAUUGGAGGUAAUAUUGGGGAUGGACUGGCUGUCCACCAACCACGUGGUACUUGAUUGUGGACGGUGCAGAAUUGUGUUCCCAGAAACAAAGGAGAUAGAGUUGGUGACGUCUGGAGAGGCAGUGAAAGAGAUGAAGAGGGGGUCUACUUGUUUUGUGAUAGUGGCCUAG